UCUUCAUCUGUAAAACAGAAUAAUACUGUCAUAGUGGGGUUUUUUUUAAUAUUUAUUCAUUUAUUUUUGGCUGCAUUGGGUCUUCGUUGCUACGCGCAGGCUUUGCGCAGGCUUUCUCGAGAGUUGUGAGUUGCGGCGAGCCAGGGGCUUCUCAGUGGGGGUGGCUUCUCUCGCUGUGGGGCACGAGCUCUAGGUGUGUGGGCUUAGUUGCUCCGCGGCAUGUGGGAUCUUCCCGGACCACGCUUUGAACCCGUGUCCCCUGCAUGGGCAGGCGGAUUCUUAACCACUGCGCCAUCAGGUAAGUCCCUGUCAUAGUGGUUUUAAAGGUUAAGAGAAUAUUGUAUAAGUACUUGGCACACUUAUAAAAAAUGUCUGCUUUUAGAUUUAAGCUAGUUUAGCAGGCAGUGAGAGUUGAAUCUGUAGAUUUUAUAGUUUGAAAAUAGUUGGAGCGGCCGCCCGCUCCAUCUCCAGAGCGCCCUUCAACUGUCCCCUGACCUGCUUCCGAGUGCCAGUGCAGCUCGAGCCUGCCGACCAUGCCCGCGGGCGUGUCCUGGACGUCCUACCUGAAAAUGUUCCCUGCCAGCCUCCUGGCCAUGUGCGCCGGCGCAGAGGUGGUGCACCGGUACUACUGGCCAGACCUGACAAUACCUGAAAUUCCACCAAAGCCUGGAGAACUCAAAACAGAGCUUUGGGGACUGAAAGAGAGACAACAUGAACCUCAAAAUUCAUCUCUGCCAAGAACUCUGUGAAUAAUAUUAUGAGAAUUAAAUAUGUAUUUUUAGGAAAAAAAGAAAAAAUAGUUGGAAAAAAUUUCCUAUCCCUAUGACCAUAACCUUACUUAAUCUAGAAAAAUUUCUGAAGAGUGUGGGCAUUCAGCAGGUAAGACUGGAUUGAA